GUCCGUGGCAUGACAAAGCGACCAAGGCUACUGGCACGUUUCUGCUCACCGCCAUAGCAACGGCGCCGAAAACACGAGCGCGACGUGCGAACUUCACGCGAUUGUCUGCUCUUACAUCCAACCUUCUAGAGCAGAGAAGAUACUCGGGCAAGUGCUCGUUGCUGAGCUGCUGUGGCUGCAUGGUCACACAAAUGCAGGCUUAUCCUUAUCAGUAGCAGUGCUGCUUCUUUCUCCGUGGAGGUCAAUGUAGGUUGCAUCACUGAUACGAUGCGGUCCUGACGAGAUUGUCAAAAUGCACUUACUCGCAGGUCUGAGUAUGCCGCUCCAUAUCGUUACCUCGCGCAAGGUUGCUCCUUCUCCGCCGAACAGAGCAAGAGACUACGAACCAUGGCCUCUGUAAACGGACACUUCGAUACCACGAAUGACUCCUUCUCACCUUACCGAUCCGACGGGAAGCUCUAUGGCUUCGUCUGCAUUGUAACAGGCGCGACGCAGCCAGUAGGGAGGGCAAUCGUGACAGAAUUGGCAGCACACGGCGCAGCAUGCAUCUAUGCCUGCUCAUCCACACCACAAGAUGAUAUCGGGGCACUGGAGCAAGAAGUGAACAAGAUGCACCCAAACACAAAAGUCAUUGGAUACCCGUUUAAGCUCGCAGACGAGCAGGACACUUUGGGGCUGAUUGACGACGUGCUCAACUCUUGGGGAAGACUUGAUAUCUACAUUACGUCCUCUGGAUUGCUUGGUCCUGCGUCGAUUGCGGAUACCACGCCUGCGGCUUUACAUCGUCUGUUUGAGGCGAACAGCAUGGCACCUUUCUUUGCUCUGAAAUAUGCACCACCAGCAAUGCUCAAGACCACGCCGAAAGGCAACUAUCCCAAUGCCACACCAAAAGACCAAGCGUACGGAUCAAUAAUCGUCGUAUCUUCCAUUGCCUCUACUACAGGCGGAUGCUGGGGCCCAGCCUUCACUAUGGCAUCUCACGCAGCUUUAGGCGUCGUGAAAGCCGGGGUCGCCGCUCUGAAAGGCACAGGCGUGAGGAUCAAUUGCAUCUCGCCAGGUACGGUAGACAUUGGCGUCGAUCUGGAGAAAGUGGACAAGCGCGGCUUGGAACACCAACUGCCACCGUCGAGCCUUCAGAGUAAAGAGACGCAGAAGCAAAUCAUUGGACUGGAAAGAGCUGGCAAUCCAAUCGAGGUUGCCAAGGUAGCUGGCUUCCUUGCAAGUGGGUUUUCAUCAUAUGUGACUGGCGCGAACAUGAUUGUGGAUGGAGGGAGUAGUGUGAUGAAUCCUCUCACGAUACCGAUAUAGACUGAAUAUCAAGCGCGAUACAUGCUGUAGUUGAGCUUGUCCAUGUGGAA